AUUAUCGGGAAGGGACAACUACUUCUUUAACUGAAGAGGAAGGAGAAACAUCAUCAUCUUCUGCUGAAGAUAAACCCCUAAAAAUCAUAGGGACUCUCUCCUCUCCAUCCUCUAAAUAUCUGAUUUUGUCUUUCAUUGGAGAGGGCAGCUAUGGAACAGUAGCCAAGUGUAUAAAAACAGCCACAACUGAAACAGUGGCUGUAAAGAUGACCAAGAGCAAAUUCCUGACAGCUCAGGCCAGAAAUGAGGCGGAGAUCCUUUGGAAAAUGAGACAAUAUGAUCCCGACAGAUUCAACUUUAUCCGAUGCAACGAUGCUUUUAUGUACAAGCAAAAGAUCUGUUUUGAUUUUGAGAUGCUUCAUAUGAGUCUGUUUGAUUUUCAACAUGAGAGACCAGACCGUUCUCUGACUGUGAAGGAAAUCCGCCCAAUCCUGCAUCAGAUCGCCACAGCACUUGAUCUACUGCAAAAGGAAAAAAUCGUUCACACUGAUCUGAAGCCAGAUAACAUCAUGCUGGUGGACCAUGUCAAAAAGCCCUUGAAGAUUAAGAUCAUUGAUUUUGGCUUGGCCUGCCACGUCCCAGAACCAAAGCUGGAUUCAGGCGUUCAACCAUAUGUAUACAGAGCUCCAGAGGUCAUUCUGGGAAUUCCCUUCUCAUCAGCCAUUGACAUGUGGUCUCUGGGCUGCAUUGCUGCCGAGUUAUUCCUCGGAACUCUGCUCUUCCCUGCAAGAAAUGAAUACAACAUGCUUCAACUUAUCAUUCAGGCACGAGGACAAAUCCCACAGAGGGUUUUAAAAAGAGGAGAGAACACAAGAUAUUAUUUCCGAAAGAAGAGGAACAGAAGGGGAGGCUGUAGACGGUGGUCACUGAAGAGCCAUGAUAACUACAGGAGUCUCUGCAAUCACCUUAGUGUCUCUUUAUUCGACCAAAAGGAGAUUCAGUCUCCGAAGUCCCUAAAUGACAUCCUGACGAUGAAGUCUCCCUUUCAUCUGUCGGAUGAGGACACCACAGCAGAACUUGAGGACCAAGAGGACUUUGUGGAGCUUCUAAAGAAUAUGCUUAAUUUAGAUGCAGACAAACGCAUCACUCCAAGCUUACUCCUUGAAAAUCCAUUUAUAACCAUGGAGUACCAAGCAAAGAACCACAGCAACAGUUUUUAUUUCAAAUCAUGUUGUGAUGCAAUGGAGAUCUGCCGGGAUCCUAAUUGGAAAAAUCACUGGGACCACCCUCUUAUCUCAGACACUGCCUUAGCCUUCUCUACUAGUCUCAGCCUCCAUGAAAACUCACAACAACAAGAACAACUGAGCUUCUUAUCGAAAGAGGAAGGGACAUCUUUCUACUCACAGGAACCAAAAGUAGAAAAAGAUGUUUCCUCCAGGUCUAAAGGAGCAAGAAAAAGGAGGCGGUUUUCCUCUGAGGCACCGCUGAGCCCUAACAGAGACACGCAGAGCUCUAUACCAGCAAAGAACUUGGACACUGAUUUAGAAGAGGCAGAUACAGUGUCUACAGGAACUCAAACCGACUUGUCAUGCAUAACAGUCACAGUAAACCCUGAAGGACAGAGGAGCUGCGAUGCUUCCAAAAUUCUGCAUUUUAGCGGUCCAAGAAGUGAAUCACCAGUAAGUAAGAAGAGAAAGGUGAUUAUGGACCUCCAUGAAUCACAGCAGGCUCCCUCUGAAGUAGUUUCUAAGUAUAACCUCAGAUAUAAGAGGAAACAAAGGAUAGACACUGAGAGGGAUCAGGGUAGAGAAGGAAGUACGUCACCAGAGAGAAAGCGGAGAAAGAGCAAUUCCACCAGUGACUCCCAAAAGUCUCCGGCUGUUGCAGAAACAUCAGAAGUUGUGGGUAAAAGCCGGAGAAAAAGAAAAAGAAGAGAGGACUUGAAAUCUCCAGAGAGAAAGAGCAAUUCCACUAGUGAAUCCCAAAAGUCUCCGGCUGUUGCAGAAACAUCAGAAGUUGUGGAUAACAGCCGGAGAAAAAGAAAAAGAAGAGAGGACUUGAAAUCUCCAGAGAGAAAGAGAAAUUCCACUAGUGAAUCCCAAAAGUCUCCGGCUGUUGCAGAAACAUCAGAAGUUGUGGAUAACAGCCGGAGAAAAAGAAAAAGAAGAGAGGACUUGAAAUCUCCAGAGAGAAAGAGCAAUUCCACUAGUGAAUCCCAAAAGUCUCCGGCUGUUGCAGAAACAUCAGAAGUUGUGGAUAACAGCCGGAGAAAAAGAAAAAGAAGAGAGGACUUGAAAUCUCCAGAGAGAAAGAGCAAUUCCACUAGUGAAUCCCAAAAGUCUCCGGCUGUUGCAGAAACAUCAGAAGUUGUGGAUAACAGCCGGAGAAAAAGAAAAAGGAGUGAUGACUCAAACUCUCCAGUGAGAAAGUGGAGAAAGAAUAGCCAUCCUCAGGAUAGUCCAACAGUAGCUCCUCAGACAGCAAACAGAACACACAACAAGUGAAAGAGGAAUCGAAAAAGACACUGAAAUCUGCUCUGUGUGAUAGUACUAGUAGUAGCAGAAAGUGUUUGUGUUGAUGUUUUGGUUCAGCUCCAGAUUAUUUUGCCCCUUUGCUCGUAGAACAAAUAGUCCCUUGUGUCCCUACCUCCUUUUUCCUUCCUCCCUUUAUUCC